CUCGUUACACAUCCCUUAUUUCGCAAUGCAUCAACGCUAAAAACCUCAAGCUAGGAAGACAAUUACACUCGCUUCUCAUCAAAACAGCGCUGACUCUCAACACUUUCGUCACGAACCGUUUGAUGGAUAUGUACUCCAAAUGCAACUCCAUUGCCUGUGCUGAGAAGGCCUUCAUUGAUGUCCCGGUGAAAAACAGUCACUCCUGGAACAUAAUUAUAUCUGCCUAUGCCCAAAUGGGAUGGUUUUCGAAAGCUUACCAACUGUUCGACCUAAUGCCUGAACGAAAUGUUGUGAGCUACAAUUCAGUCAUUUCAAGCCUAACAAAACAUGGGUUUUACAGGGAGUCGAUAAAUAUCUUUAAAAGAAUGCAAAAGGAGGAUUCUUUAAGGAUUGAUGGAUAUACCGUUGUUAGUUUAGUGAAUGCUUGUGCUAGCUUGGGUUCGUUGAGGUUGUUGGGUCAAGUACAUGGAGCUGCUAUUGUCAAUGGUUUGCAGUUUGGUGUUGUUUUAUGUAAUUCCUUGAUUGAUGCUUACGGAAAAUGUGGGAGGCCCCAGUGGUCAUAUAUGGUUUUCAGUCAUAUGCAAGAGAGGGAUAUUGUGUCCUGGACUUCGAUUGUGGUUGCUUAUGCACAGGCAGGUAGAUUAGAAGAAUCUUGUAAGGUUUUUGAUCAGAUGCCGGAGAGGAAUGUGGUUUCUUGGACUGCUUUGAUCUCAGGGUUUGCACAAAAUGGUCAGGGAGAGAAGGCAUUGUAUCUGUUCUCCCAAAUGUUGGAAGAAGGUAUUGUUCCUAGCGCAUUCAGUUAUGUUAGUGUUUUAAGUGCUUGUGCAGAUUUAGCUCUUGUGGAAAGAGGGAAACAAGUCCAUGGGCGUAUCACUAGAGGUGCAAGUACUGCUGAUUACCAUAAUGCUUAUGUGGUCAAUGCUCUGGUUGAUAUGUACUGUAAGUGCGGAGACAUGAGGUCUGCAAUGACAUUGUUUAAAAGAUUCCAUGACAAGGAUGUUGUUACGUGGAAUUCAAUGAUAACUGGUCUUGCACAAAACGGUCAGGCAGAAUCUUCACUGGCCCUAUUCAAGUGUAUGAGGGAAACACGUGUACAUCCAAAUUAUGUUACUUUUCUUGGAGUUUUGUCUGCUUGCAGCCAUGCAGGUUUGGUAUCUGAAGGAUUCCAAAUUCUUGACAGAAUGGAGAAAGACUUUGGCAUAGUCCCUCGGUUGGAUCACUAUGCUAUCUUGAUUGAUUUGCUAGGGCGCAAAAAUAAGUUCAAAGAAGCAUGCGAAUUAGUGGAGCGAGCUCCCGAAGGAUCAGAUCAUGUUGGCAUGUGGGGUGCACUUUUGAGUGCUUGCAGGAUCCACGGGAACAUACACCUUGCUACAAGAGCAGCAGAAGCUUUGUUUGAGCUGGAACCAGAAAAUUCAGCAAGAUAUGUAAUGCUGUCUAACGUAUAUAGUGCAGCUGGAUGGUGGGAUGAAGCUUGUAGAGUCAGACAUCUUAUGGAUGAAAGGGGUCUAAGUAAAGAAGCAGCUUAUAGUUGGAUAGAGGUGAGGAACAUCAGGCACGAGUUCAUAUCAAAAGAUAGGACUCACAGUGAAAUAGAAGAAAUGCUUCGCAAGCUUGUAGACCAAAUGAAGGAUGCUGGAUAUAUACCUCUCAUUCCAAUAUUAUUUUUCCCCGAUGAUCGAGUAUCUUGAGGCAUUAAGUAAAGUUGAUAACACUCUAUUUUGCCGAUGCAUGUUGCGGAACCAUGGAGUGACUGGUCACUUGUUGAUCCUGUUGCGGGCUCUGAAGAUAUAUGCUUGCCAGUUGCUAAUCUUCAGAUAACUGCUUCCAUGCUUAAAACUCGCAUAUCUCAUAUAUGAACUUUCAGGGUUAUUAAUAUCCUCCACAUCCUUAUUGGGGUCUUCUGUCAGGUUUAUUUCAAUUUCAGCUCUUCAUCAUUGGAAACUUUUUAUCUUUUUAGAAUUUUAAGCUGCAGAUUUCUAGCUUUUCAGGACUGGCACAUAUAAGUUUUCAGGUGGAUGAGUUGCUUAAUCCACUCCUAUUUUUUAUUUGGUUCAUCACAGCUCCCUUUUGUCUCUUGAUUCUUCUUUCUGAUGUCUAAAUCUUCCUCUUCUGGUUCUUCUGCCCCGCCAGCUUGGCGGUCUUCUAAUUGUUGAUUCCUUGCACAAUUUAAGUGCGCCCCAAAAUCACAUUUACUACAAUGACAAAACCAGCAAUUUUUUCCCAAGUAUUUAUCACACAUGUCACA